AUGGCCCAUUCGGAGAAGGUAGUGUCCCCAGCGGAUAUUUCAGCCAAGGAGUUUGAGAAUCUGCUUGGGAGAUAUCCAUCCCUGUUACAAUCGGUAUCAGAUGGGAAAGCCGCCAAGACGGGCCAGAAACCUUUGGUCGACCUUGACCACUACCGUUAUGUUGAGGCUCCCGAAACUUUCCGGUUGGACAACCCUAAUAGGGCUAUGGUUCAAGACGAUGUCAAGUCUCUUGUAGAGUGGAAGCUGCGACAUGGCAAGUUUCGACCGACGUUGAUGAAGUUCGUAAGCUCUAACGACCCGGACACCGUCGAAGAGAUCAUUCAGGACGCAUUGGAAGUAUAUCGGGACACGUCCGAUGCAUCGGCAGCUGUUGACAUCUUAACCAAACUCAAGGGUAUCGGCCCGGCGACGGCGUCCCUCCUACUGUCCGUUCAUGAUUCGGAGCGCGUUCUCUUCUUCUCCGAUGAAGCCUUUUACUGGCUUUGCUGCAACGGCAAGAAGGACCCCAUCAAGUACAACAAGAAGGAAUAUGCUGCUCUCAACGCCGAAGCGCAGAAGUUGAUUAAGAGAUUGGGCAUAAAGGCAAUGGACCUUGAAAAGGUUGCCUAUGUCGUAAUCAAUGAAGGUCCUGGAGAGUCCGGGCCAAAGGCCGAGAAGGGAGAGCUACCCAUGCCUAGCAAGCCAAAGACACAUGUGAAGCAACCAGCGACCAAGGCGCCCAAGAAGUCGUCGGGAAAAAGAAAGCAAGAUUCCGACGAAGACAAGGAGCUAGUGACAGCGCCCCUACGCCGGUCUAAACGGAAUCGACCUAGUUGA